AUGCACGAGCUCCUCGGCCGAGAAUCGCGCGCCUGUCCACCGUCUACGAUCCCAUCCAGUCACCGCCAGAAUAACCCGAGCCUGCCCUCAUCAAGUUUCCCAAUCUUCUAUAAUCACCCGCCCUCAACUGCGACCAAGGCCAGCUUCACAGACUCCAGUCCAGGCACGCCACUGCUCAGCGUCUUUCAUCUCCUUCGACACCCGAUCAGUCUGCUCCACUCCGCCCCGCCAACGUACACUGUCAGGCUCGUAUCCGAACGCCAGCUCGCUCGAAGCCCCUGGCAAGCCGACCUCCCACCAGGCUCCCACAGCCGCACGCCCAGCAACCUACCCAUCCAUCUCCAAUCUCACCACCAGGACACCGCCAACAAUCCCACACGCAACCUCUAUCGCACUCCGUCCCAGAAACGGCCUCGCGAUCCUCGUUUCUUUGGUGCGACGAUCGAGGACGCUGGGAAAGCCAGUCCGGGCAUCGCUUCACGGCAGAAGUCCGAGCAGUGGCGCGCCCUCUCUCGCUCUGCGCAGGCCCCCCACCCUGCGGCACAUGUGCACUCUCUUCUGCACAUGACACCCGUUUGUGCACACAUGCCCCAGUCGGGACCGGCCGCAACGCCACCGCCCUCGUUGCCGUCGGCCUUCCCCGCGUCCACCAGGGAUCGUUGGAGGCCCAGGGCCAUACCUAGAUGGCCUGGGCCUAGCCCGUGGUAA